UUACUGCUCCUUGAAAUGAUAAAGCGCGCUAAAAAUGAGAAAUUUUUAGGUUUUUUGGACGAUAUCAUGAAGAUACAGUUGAUAAGAGUGAAUUAAAGUCGUUUCCCAACUCCCGUCGUUGUUCCCUUUGCACCAGCGGGUCGGAAUCAGCUGCAUAGAGCACACACAUCUGCGGCCGAGAUCCGGCUGUCUACGAAGGAAACCAUCCCAAACCGCACCGGCAACAUAGCAAGGUUCUGCAACUAAGAUUACGAAUAACCUCCCAAAUCCGUUUAAGUCACAUCUGGCCCCUAAGAUAACAGGGAGCUAUAUCCUCAGGGUAGCUUGCGAAGGCCCAAGAAACUGGAAUCAAGAGCCGCACUCUCCGCGAAUUGCAGUUCUGUGACGUGGUCCGCCAACAUUAUCAGCGAUGGUGAAUGUUAUGAAAGGAGUUCUUGUGGAAUGUGAUCCUGCUAUGAAACAGUUUCUGCUGCAUUUGGACGAAACUCAAUCGCUCGGCAAAAAGUUUAUCAUUCAGGAUUUGGACGAAAAGCACUUGUUCAUCUCAGUGGAAAUCGUGGAAGUACUGCAAGCCCGGGUGGAUGAUUUGAUGGACCGCAUCAGUUUCCCGCUGCAUGAGAAGGAAGCCUAA